AUGGUUGUUAUUCUGCUAGGAAAUAAUACCUUUGUCUACAACGAAUACAACUUACACCAAUGGCUGGCACACAUUCCCUUCGAAUGUAAGACGAUUGUGCUUUUCGAGCGAGACAGCGAUGCAAAGCAACCUAUGGAAAUGGGACACUAUCUCGCGUCGGUGGUUUUGUGGAAUGUGAUACUGAUCGCCACCAACAUAGAUGCGGUAUAUGCCUUUCACUAUGGACCUUUGCGCAUUUUAAACUACACGGGAUAUCCGGAUUCUGAUGUGCUGUUCUUCGAUCGGUUGAAAACGUUGCAGACCCGACAAUUAAAAUCAGCGUACAUAAAGGACGUCCGUACGGAAACAGGGUGUGAAGAUAUACCUGGAGAAGAUUUAACACUGUUCCAAACGUUUGCAGAUACCCUCAACCUAAAGCUUCAUGCAGAAAACAUCCAAUGUACGAAAAAUGAAACUCGGAGCAUGUGUAUUUCGAGAUUUAGCGAUAGGGAUCUUUUAAUCAACCGAUUCUUUUUUGAGGACUACAACAAAUACACCGUUGCCUGUAUGCAGAUGGAGCAAAUUGCUAUAGCCACUCCCAAAGGGCGGCUACUAACGAUAUGGGAGAUUCUGUUGCAGCCUUUACAACAGCCCGUCUGGUGGCUGCUGAUAGCAAUCUGCAUAGGUUUCAACCUUCUGGAGAUCGUUAUGCCAGGAUGGUUCAGCAACAGCCUUGUCAGUCUGGCGCUGUUUGGGUUUGAAAAACGACAGUUGCGAUUCACAGGAAGUACCGAAAAAAUGAUAGCCACUGCAUUGAUCGUGUUGUUUUUCCUAUUGAAAUGUGCAUAUGAAGCGAAGCUCAUUUCAUACAUCACCGAAACUCCUCGAGAUUCGGGAGCACAAUCUAUUGAAGCGUUGCAUAAUCGCAACAUUACCGUGUAUCAAAAACAUUUCAAUACUACGCACUUUAACAAACUGGAGGGAUUGCUAGCGACCUACGAUGGUGAUUUUAUAGCGUUUGAUGGAUCAACUAUUGCUGACAAUAGAAUUGUUCUAAACUUUGAAAUGAUGAUAAAAGAUAUGGAAGGCAUUCCAUACAACAUACUGGAAGAAAACGUGUUUGAAAUGUUACCAUUUUACACAUUUCAGCCAAAGUUACCCGUUCGACAGUCAUUUUUAAAAUAUCAGCACGCGGUGUUUGAGGCUGGAUUGUCACUGCACUGGCGACAAGACAUGUUUAGCUGUUACGUUUCCCGUGCAAACGUUUUAAAAUUACAAACGCAGGCAAAGCAAUCCAAAAACGUUAUAGAUGCGGACAACCUAAAACCCUUGGUAAUGUUUUUCUCUGUACAAUGGAUUCUCGCGAUAGUAGUGUUUGUAGCAGAGGUGAUCGUGUGGAGACGGCUUAGAGGACAUCACUAA